CAGCUGCAGCCCGCCGGCGAUUGGGGCGCGCGCGCCUCCUUCGGUUCGGGGGCUAAUUAUAAAGUGCCCGUGGCCGCCACCAGCAGCUCCGGAGAGCGAGGCAGGCGCCCCCUAGCCCUGCAGCCCAGCGACGGCGAGGUCCCGAGCUGCCCCGGGGCCCUGCCCAGCUCCCCACACUUGCCUUCUCUCUCUCUCUCUCUCUCUUGCAGAGUGCCAGCCAGGGGAACAGCUCUUCCAGCAGCCUGCUCCAUCAGGACAGCGGCCGAGUGAGUGGCUUUGCCCCAAGUCGCCCGUCCCCUCCUUGCACGCCUUCGCCCGGCCUUCUCGACGUUCCCCAUUGCCAGGGGCGUCCGGCUCCUACUCCCCAAAGCCCCCGCUCUCCAGCCCCCAUGGCGCGGUUCCUGACACUUUGCACCUGGCUGCUGGCGCUUGGGUCCUGCUUCCUGGCUACCGUGCAGUCGGAAUGCAGCCAGGACUGCGCCAAAUGCAGCUACCGCCUGGUGCGCCCCGGCGACCUCAACUUCCUGGCUUGCACCCUGGAAUGCGAAGGGCAACUGCCCUCCAUCAAAAUCUGGGAGACCUGCAAGGAUCUCCUGCAAGUGUCCAGGCCUGAGUUCCCUUGGGAUAACAUCGAAAUGUUCAAAGACAGCAGCAAACAGGAUGACGGCCCCUUGCUAGCCAAGAAGUACGGAGGGUUCAUGAAAAGGUAUGGAGGCUUCAUGAAGAAGAUGGAUGAGCUUUAUCCCGUGGAGCCAGAAGAAGAAGCGAACGGAGGUGAGAAUCUUGCCAAGAGGUAUGGUGGCUUCAUGAAGAAGGAUGCAGAUGAGGGAGACUCACUGGCCAACUCCUCCAACCUGCUGAAAGAGCUGCUGGGAACAGGAGACAGCCGUGCCAAAGAGAGCCACCACCAGGAGAGCACCGACAGCGAUGAUGACGGCGUGAGCAAGAGGUAUGGCGGCUUCAUGAGAGGCCUCAAGAGAAGCCCCCAGCUGGAAGAUGAAGCGAAAGAGCUGCAGAAGCGCUACGGGGGCUUCAUGAGAAGGGUGGGCCGUCCAGAGUGGUGGAUGGACUACCAGAAGAGGUAUGGAGGUUUCCUGAAACGCUUCGCUGAGUCUCUGCCAUCCGAUGAAGAAGGAGAAAGUUACUCUAAGGAAGUUCCUGAGAUAGAAAAGAGAUAUGGGGGAUUUAUGCGAUUUUGAAGCUCUUUCCCAGCAAUGACCCCAGGCCCCCGGCAGCCUGCUCCAGCCCCGUGAACAACUGCUUCAUCAUUGGUGUCUGUUGUCACGUGCUGCUUGUGCUGUGUAGUUGCCCUCAUGAUCUGGAGAACUACGCUUCCUGAAAGCCGUGGUUUCAGGGAUCUGUGUUCUUUUGAGUCUUGAAGCUUGGUCUGUUGCAGCUAUCUUGUCAUCAUGCUGAAAUCAUUCUGUUGCCUCAUUCCUUACUUUUGACAAAACGUCAAUAAAUGCUUGUCUGUAUAUAAACAUAAUAAACCCAUUACCCCAACUGCACAAUGCUCUUGCAAGAACUGGCUGUCG